GUUGGUUAAUUGAAGUCUGGUGACUUUUCUCCCAUAAAACGCUUCAGAAAUGGACGAAUAGGCUGUAAGGGAAGGGCGUGUAAGGCAAAAAUGUCAUGUUUGGGCGUGGUGUUAAUCGGUCAACUCAGGUCCACAGAGUGCACAAAUCAAAUAAGCUGUUUCCUGUUUUCGUGAUCACAUCUGUAGCAGUUCAGGGGUUGGACACAGAGAAACUUCCCCGCUGGGUUACUGAAGCUUUUUUCUAAAAGACACCAAUCUCUACUAGGACAAGAAGUCAGGUGCCUUUACAUAUCUUACUGCAACAUGUCUGCUCCAGGUUAUCCAUCCCCACACCAGGCUCCAUACCCCAUGGCCCAAAUGGGUGACUCUGUGCCCCCCUACCCAGUAGGGGGUCACGGGGAGCUUGGUCCCGCCGCCCCACCUGCAGGAUUCUAUAUGGGAUACCAACCUAGCCCAAAUCAGCCAGUCAUGUACCAGCCAGGCCCAGGUGGCCCACCACAGCAACCACUCCAGAUGCCUGCAUAUGGAGGUGAUGCUCCAGCACUCUCCGGCCAUUCUACAGCAGCACCUUUAACAGUGCCAGUAGGUGUACCACCAGGUCUGGAAUAUUUAACACAGAUUGACCAGGUCCUGAUUCACCAGAAAGUGGAGUUGUUGGAAGCUUUCAUCGGCUUUGAGACCAACAAUCAAUACGAGAUCAAGAACAGCAUGGGUCAGAAGAUCUACAAGGCCAAAGAGAAGAAUGACUGCUGCACACGGAACUGCUGUGGUUCACUGAGGAGCUUUGACAUGAAGAUUAAAGACAACAUGGACCGUGAGGUCAUACGGCUGAUUCGCCCUUUUCGCUGCGCCUCCUGCUGGUGCCCCUGCUGCAUGCAAGAGCUGGAAGUGCAGGCGCCCCCUGGCACCACCAUCGGCUACGUGUCCCAAGACUGGCAUCCCUUUUACCCAAAAUUCUCCAUCAAGGGUGCCAACAAAGAGACUGUGAUGAAACUGGAGGGGCCCUGCUUAGCCUGCAACUGCUGUGGGGAUGUCAACUUUGAGCUGAAAGGCAAGGAUGGAGGAAAGCCUAUUGGUCGAAUCAGUAAGCAGUGGAGUGGACUACUAAAGGAGGCAUUCACUGAUGCAGACAACUUUGGCAUCAAGUUUCCCUUGGACCUGGACGUGAAAAUGAAAGCUGUCCUGAUGGGAGCUUGCUUUCUUAUUGAUUUCAUAUUCUUUGAAAAAGUGGGAGACUCUAACCAACGCAACACAGUCUUCUCUUAGACAAGUAGACGUUCUUCAACGUGCCUUGGUCUACUCAUCUUUUUUAUGACCCAGACACUACAUGAGAACUCUUAUCCAUCUCUUGUUGGUCAAACUCAUUAGAUUUAUACCUCUUUAGGACUUCUACUGCUUUCUCUCAUUUUAUAUUUUCACACCUGACCCACAGGAAACAGGACGUUUACAAGGCAUGACGGGGAAAGUGCUCAACCCAAACAAGUAUUUCACGUCCAUCCAUGAUUGUUCACGUGUGCUAUGCAUACCAUUUUCUUGACACACCUAAAGCCUUUUAGUUCAGAAUGUAUUGUAUGCAGUGGUUUCGGUCAUAUCAUUUUGUGCUCAUCCCACACAUACAAAAAAACUAAAUGUUAAUAUUUUAUGUGUAUUUUCCUUGGAUGAUUGUAUAGUCCUGCAUAAAUCAGGUUUUGAUGUCUUGUUCAAAAACCACUUUUGUUACCAUCAAAUAUUGUGUACUUAUCUUACUGUUUUCUUUUCAAAGAUUUUGUAUACUUUACUGAUGCCACUGACAAUGCUACAUAGUACCUUUUCCUUAAACAGAAUACAUAAAUAGUACCUCUUCCUUUUAUUUAAUUGCAACAUCUAAGUUAGACAAAUGGUAUAGUCUAGAUAUUAUAUACUUCCUAUAGCUCUUAUACAUACUUUUCAUACCUGCACAUCUUUCCUAUUAGUUAAGACUGACAUAGUUAUUUAUGGUAAUUACUAAAUAAUACAGUUGAUGAAUAACUGAAUAAUAACCUGGGAAGUAAAGGGUUCACUCGUUGACUCUUAAAGUCUGGAUAAUGUCCCAGUUAUUGAGGAAAAACUGAGCAGUAACUGGGAGGACUCCACUGCUGGAAACCUUUUCUUUUCUUUUCUUUUUCUGUAUUCCCUGUGGCUGAUGAUGACAUGCUUAAAGAAUCCACAGUCUUACCAGUGUGUGGAGAAAGAGUGCACAGCAACAGACUUUACAUCAAAUGUAUGUGUUCAGUGUAAUAGGAAACAGAGUUUUCUGGAAGUAGAAUAGCUUUCUCUCACUUUGUGAGCCUUGUAUGGUGGCAGUGUGGACUGGCAGGAAAAUAAAGUUUCUGUUCUUGCAAAUUAA